GGCGGGUUUUAUAAGCAGAAAGAGUUGAAGCUUUGGGAGCAGAGCUGUAGCAUAGCCUUGGACAGGCCAGCAGCAGGUUGGACACGCUUCUGUCAAUUCCGGAGAGCGAGAGACAACGGCUCGCCCAGGAUUAACUGGGAUAGAGAGAGGAUUACGCUCUUCUCUCCUUUCUUUCCGGCUCACUACGUAGUAAAAGCACAGACCUGUUACCAGCAGAUCCCCUGGGGAUUCUCACUCUGCGGCAAAAAUCGGUGAACUGUAUUAUACAGAUGAUAAAUCCUCCUCUGGAACUAAAUAUUAAGGGUUGAGGAAGCGGGUCAAAGGGACUGCAAGAAAGGAGACCACAGAGCAGUCAGUGCUGGGCGAUCACCAUGAGGCAGGCUGGGGAAGCCGAGAGGGUGAUGUCGUCCCCUAGACCGAGUGACCAUGGCCUAAGGCAGAUCCUGUCUGACAUGGUAGAGGAGGUGAAACAUUCCAUCAAUAAGGAAAUCAACGGGGCAAAGCUCCUAAACAGCCUCCUCAACGCCCCAAGGCUUAAGUCUCUGCUCCAAGUGUAUGAGUGUCUGCGGCAACACCAGAGAGAGCCAGCUGCUCCCUUCCUACCCUACACAACACAGCUCAUCCAACAGAUUCUGGCUGACCUGAGAACAGUUCGGAACACUUCUGCUGAGGCCAGGGAGCUUUACAGUCUCCUCAGGGGACCACAUUUCCAGGCUCUGACAUCAGCCCAUGAUACGGUGGCCCAGAAGGACUAUGCCCCUGUGCGGCCUCCUAUCCCUGACAACCUCGCUGACGAUGAGGAGGCCAUGAGGAUAGUCUGUCUGGUGAAGAACAAGCAGCAGCUGAGGAGCUCGGGAGAGGGGAUCCGCAGUCGCUGGGAUACCCUGAGGAAGAUGACCCGCCGAAGGCUGAUCCACGGUGGGGCCAGGGCUGUGGAGGGCCCCUGGCACGGUGUGGGGGCUCUGGGGGACAUAGUGCCCGGGGAGCGACCAGUCAUGCCCAGCUCAAGGAGAGUCAGCUACCCACCAGCUGAAUUACUAUCUUCUGCGGGUCCACCACCUCUGGGCAAGCCCCUCGCUCUGCCACAUUUUAAGCCAAUGAGUAACUGCAGAACGUACCAGACUGAUGAACUCUGGAAAGAAGGUCUUAAUCGCUCUGCCCCCUCGGUCUGUAGCUCUGUCCUGAUUGAUAAUGUGAUCGAGGAGCUAGACAGCGACGAAGACAGAGAGUCAGCCAACACCCUGUCCCCUCUCCCACACCACGAUCCACCCCUCCAGCCCCGGACUCUCACCGCUCCCUGCAUGGCUGCAUACCAUCUCUCCAUGGCUGACUACCACCAUUCCCCUGGAACUCCUCCGCGGUUCCGGAGCUACAGCGUCAGUCCCCGGGUGUGCACGGCUCCUCCCAGCCCCAUGCAGCAUCAGCGGGUAGAUGAGAUGCCUCUCAACCCCCCUGUGGAGCUGGCUAAGCAGAAGAGCCUGGAUGAGUUGAGGUCCACGGUGCAGCAGGCUGCCAGCUCUGUGGAGCGCAGCACCAAUGAUGUCCGGCUGCUGGGGCAGAAGAUGGCCGCCGCCACAGAGCGCAUGUCUGAGAGUGUCCAGGAGAAUGCCCAGGCCCUGACGCUGCUGGCCCAGGUGGUGAGCAGACUGCAGACACUCAUCGUUGCCAGCAGGGCGGGAGCAGAUACACCGGAACCACACAGAGGAACCAGCAGCAGUAGCCUGCCAGUCAACAUAUCAGCCAGGGUACAAGAACACACAGCCAGCAGCAUGAAGACUCAGACAUCCCUUUCACACCAGUCCAGAGUAUGCUCCCUGUACACCUCUUCCUCCUCCUCCAGCUCCUUCACUGGCUCUAUGGAUAGCAUAUCCACAUCCCAGGGGAAGAUCUCUCAGCCUCGGUCCCCAGCCUGUAAUGGGUCACCCAAAGCAGGGUUGAAGACCAGGGUUCCGCCUAUGUCUCCCAAAAAGCAUGUUGGUGCUUCCCCCACAUCUCAAAAGAAGCAUGUGGAACCCCAGCCCCAGCAACCCCACCUCUACAACAGCCUCUCAACACCUUCACCACCUGCCCCACCCGCCCCCAACCACAACAAGACUGGCUGCUGCUCCAGCUCCAGCCAGGGGAAGAAGAAGAAGAAGAAGAAGAAGAGGAAGUGAACCAGCCAGGAGGACAGUGGUGCUCUGGUAUCUUCAGGAGAUCUUAUAUUCCUCUGCUUCAGGGAAUGGUCCUCUCCUCAAGAUUCCCUCAGAGAUCUCGGCUUCAAAAGGGAGCCACGAUAAAGCGAAAUGGGAUAACAG